CUAAAAUUCCAAAUUAUAACAAUUUUCUCAAAUAAUGACCAGAAAUCCUUCGAAACUUCUUCCAAAUCUCCCUCUUCUUCCUCUCUAUUUCUCUCUUCCUUUGUUCCUCUACUAGGCCAGACUGGCUGACGUUUGAAUUUUGUAGGUGGGGUAUGUCUUGGAGGGAUUUAAAGGAACUUGAAUGAGCAAGAAGACUGGGCUGAAGUAGAAGGACCAGAAACAAGAUCGGUAUUAUAAAUAAUGAGAAUUCUGAGAUGAUGAAUAGUUCGAUGAAUGAUGAAGGAAAGGUAGUCUGUGUGAAGACAUAUGAAGGAAUGAAGUGGGUGCUUAAGAAGGAGAUGGAGCAAGUAGAUGAUCUGAGGGCUUGGAACAAUUGUAUCAAGAGAAGGAGAGAGUUAGAUGGUUCUUGAGUACUUGAAAUUGAGUUAGAGAGAAAUUUUUAGACGAUUUCAUGAAGAGUAAAAUGUGGAAAAUUUUGUACUUCUGAAUUUUAUAAUUUCAGUUCAUCUGCUGAUGUCCAGGACACAGGGAUUUUAUUUUCAACUCCAUCUUGUUUGAUUCUAAUCUACGCUGCUAGCUUUAGUUAUUAAAAAGUUCAAUGAUCUCGAUAAAUUUGCAAUAGUCUAAAAUAAAGUUCGAAGUUUUGUUCAUCAUGCUAAAAAAUUUAGGUUAAGGCUAAAUCUAAAAUAGAUAAUAAUAACUAUAAAGAGAGAUUCAUAAUACCAGAGCUGAUCUCAACUCUCCAAGUACUAUAAAAUCACUACACUUUCUCUUCCUCGUAUCUUUACCAUCAUACCAUAUUCAAUCUGAAAAGGAAAAAUUGCCUAAUAAUUACCAAACUUCUCAAAACAAC